CCAAAACAAACCGGCCUCACCACCAUUCAACAACGACAAAACAGCGAUAUACUCGACGAAAAACGACUAUCAACAAUCGACAACAGCUCGAAAUCAUUGCGAUGCUGUGACGCUACGACUCUACAGCUUUACAAUUCGAAAAGCCGCGCGCGCGUCGAAGAAUAGAGCCCAUAUAACCUUUGUUUACAUCCCGUCAAGAUGGCCACCGGACGCUUAACUACGAGACUUCAGGUCGGAUCAGCAGCAUGGGUGGCGGAGGAGAGGUCAUCUGCGGUGCAGAUUGCAGAUGCGGAAGUGGAGGAGUUUACCUUCUCUGCACGUAACGAGCUGGACUGGUUGAACGAGCACAUGGCGGAGAUAUUCAAUGAGAAUCAGAUGAAUGUCACAGAGAUGUUUAAGACGCCUGGAAAAUUACGUGGCAAAACGCCGCGGACAGCGAGGAAGCGGAAUCCCUUGGAAGUGAGAGCGCCUCUUUCCGACAUCUUCUCGGCAUCACCGCGACAAAACGGAAAUGGAAGUCCCUUGCGCCAGGUUUACAACGAGCGCCAAGCUCCUAAGUUCAAGGUCGCAGAAGACUUGCCUGUACCACAAGCCGAUUUCGCAGUGCCGCCAAAACCAGCACGGGCAGGCAACAACAUAUUUCAGGAUUCGGGUUACCAUGGCAGCCAAUCUACCCAGGCGGCUGCCUCUAUGGUGUUUGAGUCUCAAGAGGCUACGCAAGAGGCAACACAACCAUUCACACAGCCAUGGAGUCCAUCGAGGACACCCGCCAAAGCCAAUCUCCUUUCAGUAGUGGAUGAUGUGCAAUCAGAAGAGCGGAGGACAACCGAAGGCUCGUAUGAAUCUGCAAAAGAAGAGCAGACUAUGCAGGUCGCGAUGGAAAAGGUUGCGACGGACACUGCCCCAACCCCAAAGCAACCCUUGGAGAUGAAUUUCGACUCGCCCGAGCAGGCUCGACCGGAAUCCCCUGAACUGAAGUCCCAAGAAACGGCUGCGCCUGCUUUGCUAGAAAAAGAGCUACCCCAGCUGCCUGGGACCGAGCAGAAAGAGGCCGAAGUAUUUGACGAGGCUGCGACACCAUCGGAUGGCUCGAGCCCGGUCAGACAAAUUGUUCGCAAAAGCAGUCUUAGUUUUGCCGCGCUGCCAGCACGGGAGCCAUUGACAACGAAGAAGAGCAUGGGCAACCGCCCAAGCCAUCUGGAGCAAAACCGAACGAGCUACUAUGGAAGAGGCAACGAUGACAGAGGCUUCGGGAACGAAGAGGAGGAUGAGAUGGACGUAGACGCUGCUGAGCCAGCGGCAGAGCCUGCCUCAAAAGCAGCACAGGCUUUUAAUAAGACGUACACUCAGCGUCUGCAAGACCAAAUCAGUAUGCUGGGGCAAUCAAAACCGAAUGCGCCUAGACCAUCGAAGUCGAUUCCUAACAUUGCCGCCAUGGCUGCUCAACAGCAAGAAUCUCGCCCGGCAGCAUCCCCAAGCCGAACUGAACGCGCGUUUAACGCACCUGGAGCGUUCCCAGAAGAUGAAGACUCCUGGAUUGGGCCGCCAACCACAGCUGCCCCAUCGAAGUCGUUCAGCCCGAGACCUGCAUUAACGAAGAGCUAUACGACAGAAGUGAUGGAAGACAUUCGCGGCAAAGAGAGCAUUGGUGGGCAUGAAUUCAACGUCCCAAAGCAGCGUGAAACACGCCAGCCUUCUCCAUUACGAGAAGUCGCUCAGCACCGUCCGAAUGGCCUUUUCGGCCACGCAAAGUCCCAAUCUACGUCUGUUAUCCGGUCUCCAAACAAGGCACAUGAUGAUAAGGAGCUUCUCAAGAAGACCAUUUCAGUUUCGAACCCGAAUCCUGGCGGCGAGCAAUCACCUCCUAAGUCGCCUACAAAAAGUUAUCGCGAGAGCCCAUUGAAGGCGGCUAAGGACAAGCUUUCGUCAAUUUUGAAGACUUCCAAGGGACUCUUUGCAAGUAGCGCUGCAGCCAGUGCAGAUGCUAUGGCGUCAACAUUGUCACCACCGCCUGGAAGAAUGGCCUACCAAGCGUCAAGGUCAAUGGCCGAUCUUAUGGAAUCAACACACGCAACUUCCAUCUACCCGUCGCUCAAGACUCAGCCCAGUAGCCAGAGCUUGAUACCAGAGAGCCCGUCUAAGAAGGCUACCAUACGCAAGGCGAAGGAGAAGGAAGUGAGAGACGCUGAAGUCAUGGUGCAACAGCUGAAUAAGCUGGAUAGAGAACGCGAGAAGGAGGCUGAGAAGGCCCGACUUUUUACACAGCAAGAACGUGAAAGAGUUGCUGCGAUGGAACGCAAGGUGGCUGCACAGAAGGAACUGAAGGAACAGGAGAGAAGAGCCGCCGCUCAAAAGGAGGAAGAGAGGAGGCUUGCUGCACAGAAAGAGGAAGAUCGACGAAUUGCUGCGCAACAAGAGCAGGAGAGGCUAGCUGCCAUCCAGAAGGAAGAAGAGAGAAAGGCUUUGGAACGUGAGGCUCUGGCUCGUGAGGCACCUGUGCCACGCGCUACGAGAACGAGUCCACGAAAGACAAAGGCACAGCUUGAAGCAGAAGGCAAGGCUGCCGCCGCUGCUGCUGAAUAUGCGGAUGAAAAUGUCGAGAUGACGGAAGCUUCGUCGAUACCCCAAUCCCUCAGUCGUUCGCAAAUUGGAAGGCCCAAGGAGCCAGUCAAGCGUCCAUUAAGACCUACCGCCAAGCAGCCACCUACCAAUUCUCGUGGUGCGCCCGUUGUCAUUCGGGUUAACACUGGAUCCCGCCCAUUCCAGCCAUCCAACGCGGCAUUGGCUGCUUCUCUUGGCGACUCGCUGCCUCCGGCUGCUCCCCAACCUGUUGCUGGACCAUCCAGAGCCAAGCAACCUGUCAGAGGUCUCCACCCAAAGGCAUCUGUUGAUAGCCUGAAGAGCGUUUCGUCAUCAACGACAACGAAAGUCAAGGCUUUGGAAGCCGCUGCCCGUAAGAGGGAGCAGGAUGAGCGAGAGGCACAGCGGAAGCGUGACGCCAAAGCUGAGCUGACAAGCCAACUUGAAUCAAAGCGCAAUGCCCAGCGUGCUUUGGAGAAGAAGCAGGAGUUGGAAAAGGCAAAACUCAACAGGCCUCCUCCGCCACCUGCUCGCCCGAACCCACAUGCCGACAAGCCGCUUCCUGCCACCCAUCGUGCGGCGGAGCCUGAGCCAGUUCAUCGCAUGAACCCUACCAUGCAGAGGCCCCAAGAAGAGAGCAGAAUGAACACUCUCCAGAAUACAACAAAGGCACCGCCGAAGCGCCCAAUGCCUGCUGACGAAGCUCAAUCCCGUCCAACUAUGCCGCGGAACGGGCCUUCUUAUCACCAAAAUGAUUCGAAGCGACGCAAGACCGAGGACGAGUUCCUUGAUGAUGCCAUGGAGACUCAGCCUAGGGGAGCAAUGGCUCCUCCAAUUAGGCAGUCAACCAUUCGUCAAAAGGAUAUCCCAAUGAAGUCUCUCUUCCCAACUGGCUACUCUGCCGCACCAUCUUCGCACACCACUGUCCACAACGCAAUCCCCCAGCACAUGCAAUCCAAGCCUACCCGCCCCAUGGACAUGACACAGACCUCCAAGGCACCCAUCAACUUCGCACCCAACCCCGCGCACAAGACUCCUGCGCGUCCUCUUGGCCCUGGCCACCCCAACGGCAAGUCGACCUCGAAGCCUUCGGCUAAGUCGUCACCGCGAUACAUGAACGGCGAGAACAUCGAGUUGCCUGAGAUCCACACGGACUCUGAAGACGAGGACUCGGAUGCAGGCGGUGACUUCGCGGUUCCCGAAUGGGCGAACAGCCCUAACCUUGCAGCCGGUAUCAUGGCGCAGGAGGGCUGUGACCCGACGAGUGUGUUUGGAGCACCAGGGGAGCUGAGGAUGGAAGAGGUCUUUAGGAACAAGGAGCGCUGGGGGAAGUUUAGGCAGAGGACUAGCAGUGCCAACUGGAGCGGGACUGAUAGGUUGACGGAGGAAGAGAUUCAACGCGAUUUGGUUGCGAGGGAGAGGCUGAGGAGAGAGGGUGGAUGGACGUAUGGGAUGAGCUGAGGGGUUGAAGGGGUUGAGUGAUGAUUUGCAUGAAGGGGAGGGCGAAGCGGAUUAUAUUUAAGGAGAGCGGUUUGCAUAUUUACUGUCCUUGCUUGCAGGACAUGCAUACGAUUUUUGGCGUUGGGUGUCUGGAUAGUAUCUUGAGUGAUGGAUAGCAGAGCGCUUCCAUCUGUUACCUUAGGGUCUUAUGAACAUAUGUUUGGAAUUGAAAGUCUUUCUCUAUU